UCUCUCUGGCUCGCUCCUUCGCUUUCUCUCUUGGAUUUCUAUUGCUUCUCUCUCCUUAACUCUAAAUUUUAAUGAAAAAUGUGUGAAUUGAACAGAAGCACACAUGUUUUGGUGGCUAUAUAGAAGUCCUUACAGAGUUGAAAUUAGCUCCAAGCCAUGGCCAAUCAUUCUUUGGUUGCAGGGUGGACCAGGAGCAUCAGGUGUUGGUUUAGGGAAUUUUGAAGAGAUUGGGCCACUGGAUGUUAAUCUAAAGCCAAGAAAUUCAACAUGGCUAAGAAUGGCUGAUCUCCUGUUUGUGGAUAAUCCAGUUGGUACAGGAUUCAGUUUUGUGGAGGAAUCAAAUUUAUUUGUGAAAACUGAUGAAGAGGCAGCAACUGAUUUAACCACAUUGUUGAAGGAAAUUUUUAACAGAAAUGAGAGCCUGCAACAAAGUCCUCUUCAUAUAGUAGCAGAGUCUUAUGGAGGCAAGUUUGCAGUAACUCUUGGAUUAUCAGCUCUAAAAGCUAUAGGAGCAGGCAAAUUGAAGGCUAAACUAGGAGGAGUGAUAUUGGGUGAUACUUGGAUCUCCCCAGAAGAUUUUGUGGUCCAAAGAAGUGCAGAAGAUCCUUCAAUUUUGGUGGCAACUUACAAAGGAGAGCACAACCACUUGCACCUUUCAAAGCCACAAUUUUCUUUAGGCUCGAGCCAACACAGUUCAAGUAUAGCAGGUCCAGUUCCCACUGCGAACCCUGCUACUACUGUAACUCUUGACCUGAUGAAACCUGGAAUGCUGCAGGAGAAUGCUAAAAAGGCAGUAAAAGAAACUGAAGCUCAAGAUGUUGGGCAGAUUUUGGUCCAAAUUUUACAGCAGCACUUGCAGCUGCUAUCUCAGGAAGAUCAUUGAUCAACCAGACCCGGAUAGAGAAAUGGUUAAAUUAGAAGUAGUAUCAUGAAGAUUUUAUGUUUUUUUUGUGUUAAAUUAAUUAGAGAUGAUUGAUGUAUAUAGAAGUAAGCUAAAACUAAAGGAGAAUUUUUUUUAAAAAAAAUU